AUGAGGAUGCGUGGUGGUUCGGUGCAGCUUCAGGGCUUUUAUCGUGCCGUGUAUCGGACAAUCCGUGAAGGAGAGUUAGCAGCUAAUCUAAGUAGCUUCGCGAUCAAUUUGAAAUUCAAAAUCAGCACGACAUUCGCCGGAAAGUUAUUGCUGGAGAAUGUUGUUUGCGAUGCGGAAGUACGCGUAGUUGACGUUCAGUUGGUACCAAAAUUACACGAUUUGGUUGAUGAGGGCUUACGAACUGCACUGGAUGAGCACACAUCUGUUGUUAUCUCUGUUCCAUAUUUGCAGAAAUUUCCGGAAGACAAAUCCAAAAUGGUUUACAUCUAUAUAACGGAGUUUGUGCUCAAUUCUUUCUUGAAAAAACUGGACACAUUCGGGAAUACCGCACUGCUGCUAUCUGCAGUUCCUGAAUUCGACGGACUUCUGCAAUUAAAUUGCUCUGAAAACCUAGAAUGCAUGGGCGAUUUUCUGCAAGACGCCGAGCCAUAUCAAUUUGAUUCAGGAACUAUGUUGCUCAAAAUGCGCUCGCCAGCAGUAGCUACGCUUCGAGAUGGCUUUAUGCUACUGGACCUCAAUUUAAAAGUUACAGUGAGUUAUGUGCAAGAUGGAGUGGACGUAAAUGUGCUGGAAUUUGACUGGCUCCUGACAGUUCGCAUUAACAAUGCUUUUCUGAAUGAACAUCUUGUCUCAAAGGAUGAGGCUGUGCGAAUAACAAAUGCUACGCUCAGUUUGGUAGAACUAAAAAUGAGCGGCGUGACACCUUAUGUUGAAAUGGUGCCCAAUUUCACUGAGCACCUACAACGCUUAAUUGUAUCCAGGAGAAAAGCACUGGAAAAACUGCUGACUGAGCAAUGUUCGUUGAUUACUGUUAUACCGGACACCGCUUACGAAGCAGUUUCUCGGACGGGGGCCUUCAGGAAUCGAACAAUGCUUAUUGCGACUGACAUGGAGUGGACACCGGAGCAUUUCAGCCUGUUCAGCUAA